AUUUGAGCUAAAAUAACUUAAAAUCAAAUUAAAUAAGCUUUUUAAUGUCGAAAUAUAAAGUUGCUAUUCUUGGUGCAAAUGGAGGAAUAGGCCAACCUUUGAGUCUUCUCUUUAAACUUGAAAGUGAUGUAAUAAGUCAACUGAACUUAUUGGAUAUCAUUGAUCCUGCUGGAGUUGCAGAAGAUCUGUCUCAUAUCCCAACAAAUUGUUUAGUAAAAGCAUUCAAAGGACCUGACGAAUUAGAAGGAGCUCUCUCAGGAAUGGAUUUAGUUAUUAUUUGUGCGGGGGAAAAGGGAGUUCCAGGUUUAUUGUUGAUUAAUUUUCAGGAACCACAAGAGCUGAUUUAUUUGUGGCUAAUUCUAAAAUAAUGGAGUCUCUGAUCACCGGGAUUGCACUUUACUGCCCUUUUGCAAUAGUCGGAAUUAUUACCAA